ACCAACGUUCCCGUUCCAACGCUGCCUAACAGUUGCAGAAGGUCACACGCGUGCUUUUGAACACUAGGGUCGAAAAAUUGCUAUAUGAAAUUAUAGCUUGUAGGUAGAAACAGUACGCAAUUAUUCAUUUAACUGCUACCGUAUUUGUGUAAUUCCAAUGCGAAAUGCACACCAACAAUGCGGCGUUUGUUUACCUAGGACAGUUGGACAGAAACAUACCCUUGCGUUUCGGUCUUGUUUAGCUAACUUAGCUUUUCCUAGACAUACCGUUUACAUAUAAUGGCUGCGAUGUUUCAAAGUUUUGCAAGACUCCAAAAUCGGUUUGGAAAUGCCCUGUCACUCUGUAAAAUGCAAAAGAAUCGUCAGCCCUUCAAACAUGCAUUUAAACAGUCAUCAUCAGCUGCAGCAGAAAGAAAACGAUUUUAUCAGGAUGUCAGUAUUGCCCAAGGUGAAGGAGGUUUAUUUGAGAUCAACUUAGACCGAAGGAAGCUGAAAACUCCUGGGGGGAAGCUUUUCACAGUGCCAAAUGAAGCCCUCGCCAUCGCCGUGGCAACUGAAUGGGAUGCUCAAAAAGACACACUGAAGUUCUAUACAAUGCACUUGACUACACUUUGCAACACUGCUUUGGACAAUCCUACACAACGCAACGAGGACCAAAUGAUUAGUGCUGCUUUAAAGUUUCUGGAGACUGACACUGUUUGUUACAGAGUAGACGAGCCUUAUGGUUUGGUUGAACUACAGAAGAAUGAGUGGGAUCCUGUACUGCACUGGAUUGAAGACAGAUAUAACGUCAUUAUCGGCUCCUCAUCUAGUAUUAUGGGCCCUGAGAUCCCUGAGGCAACCAAAGACACGUUCCGCCAGCAUCUCAAAUCCUACAACUUUUGGUCACUGACAGGAUUUGAGUACGUGAUCACCCAGUUGAAGUCUGUUGUGUUGUCAUUUGGGAUGAUUGACAGACACUUAAGUGUAGAACAGGCUGUGCUGUUGUCAAGGCUAGAGGAGGAAUACCAGAUUCAGCGCUGGGGAAAUGUGGAGUGGGCUCACGACUAUGACAUGUAUGAGCUGAGGGCACGCACCGCUGCGGGUGCUCUGUUUGUGCACCUCUCCUCUGAGAGUUUAAGCGUCAAACACAAACUUCUGCAGGACUGAAGGGAUGAGUGUAAAUGUGCAAGCAUCAAGCCAAACUGAAAACCCUUUACGGUGCAUGACUCAGAUAUAGAAUAUUUGAUUGUCUUUUAUUGGCUGUGUCUUUUGCCUGUUGUCAUCAAAACACAUUUACUUGUUUUUGUUUUUUUUUUUUGGGUGGGGGGGGGGUUGCUGUGUUGAUGCAACUACUGCCAAGUGUGAGUAUCCAGUUUGUUCUCAGUCACUAGGGAUCUUCUGGACACUACAUGAAGUGAAUGGAUGCAAAUGGUUACAUUUCAUGACAUUACAGUUUACUUUGUCUGCUACUUUGUUUCUGAUACAAUUUGUUAUAUGUAUCUUUGCCUCACACUUCCUAUGUAUGAAGGCUCCACAAACUUCUUGAAGUGGUCAGUUGCAACACUGCUACAUGUUAUACCUUUUGUGCUCUUGAUUAAAUACUGUCAAAUGUGC